GGUUGGGCUCAAUUUUUUUUCCCCCUUCUUUUACUGCGGUCAUGGGUAAUACGAAUCGGUUGACAGACUACCUGAUGAAAUACUAACAUGAUUAAAGAAACAAAGAAAAAGGCUGGGUCUUUGCCCUAUAUCCAAAUAGGCGAAAGCAUGGAUAGUCAGGCUGCCAGCGAGCGCUCCCGCUUCGAUUUAUUACUACUCGUCGUCUUCUUGUCGUUGAUCUGUUAUUGUUUGUUACUUCCACCAGACAAAAAGAACCAAUAAAAGUUGGGAUUUUAAUUUUAGAUCUAAAAUUAUUAAAUUUUGAGAACCAGAAAAAAUAUAUU